AUGGAGAUGUUCUUCCGCGACAUGCGGAGCGCUGUGCUUGACCACCGACGACGCGAGCUGCGUUUCAAGAUCGACCACCCUCUGUGCCACUACACCAAGGACUAUUCUCACAACGACCCUUCCCACUUCGUCGUGAUACAGUUCAGCUCGGGUCUAGACGCGGAUAGGGUCCUGGAGAAGAUCAUGCCGCUCAUCCGAAGGUCAGGCGGUGUCCGUUGACGGGAAAUUAUGUGGUGCCGACACUGGAGACUUUUGGCAACCGACAAUAUUUCGCUUGCUGGAGACUGCAACACGUGGGGAUAUCACCAUGUGUUUUCAUGUCGCAACUAGGCUUCAGCUAACCCGCCUUAUUGCACAGGUCGGAACUGUAGGGUAUGCUAAAUCUCCGUAGGGUACAAGGGUGUCACAGAACUUCUGUGAAAUCUCUGUAGGGUACGAGGGGCGUCACAGAACGUCUUUCUGUAGGGUAGACUAAUUACAGACGGAAUUACCGCCGGUACGUGUCUGUGACCCUACAGUUCCGACCUGUGGAAUAUUGUAUCGUUGGUAUUUGGCGGUUAUAGCAAGCAGGGUGACUUUCCUUAGGCCCCGCGCACUCUUAAACGGUUGUUUGGUGGUUAAU